AUGGCUACAGCCAAGUGGGCUCAUCUUUCACAUAAUGUAUUGGAAAUAAUAUUCGGUUUCUUGGACUUAAAUGAUAUACGAUGUUGUUAUCUAGUGUGCAGACAUUGGUAUAAACUAUUGAAUGACGAAAACAAUGAUGUUUGGAGGAUGCAUUGUGUACGAAAACUUGCAGAAGAUGCACUCAAAUCGGAUGUAUUAGUGAGCGCUCCAACUUAUAAAGCAAAACUUCGCGCAUUUUAUCAUGCUUGGGAUCCUAGUGAGUGCUCCAGAAAUAUAUACAUUAAAUCCAAUUGUUUUACCCUACAUAGAAAUCCAGUUGCCCAGAGUACUGAUGCCGCCAAAGGAAAAUUAGGUUUCAACACUGGCCGUCACUGUUGGGAGGUUUGGUGGGAGGGACCUUUGGGAACAGUUGCAGUUAUAGGAAUUGCUACAAAAAAAGCUCCAAUACAAUGUACAGGUUAUGUUGCGCUGUUAGGAUCUAAUUCUGAGAGUUGGGGGUGGAAUCUCGUAGAUAAUCUUUUACUUCACAACGGUGAUAGUCAAGGGAAUUAUCCACAGUUAAAUAAUGCUCCAAAGUAUGAGAAGGGUGAACGAAUUCGAGUUAUUUUGGACUGUGAAGACAGUACCUUAGCAUUUGAACGCAAUUAUGAGUUCCUUGGUGUUGCAUUUCGUGGACUUCCUGACAAGAAGUUCUACCCAGCUGUCUCUGCAGUUUAUGGAAACACAGAAGUGUCAAUGGUGUAUUUAGGUCACCCAUUGGAUGGUUGACACAAAUAUAUAUGUAUACAAUCGAUUUCAUAUUAAAAUACCCAAGUGAUCAUAAGAUCUACUAGGGUUACAGCCAUCCAUAUCAUUCCAGGGCACUAAUGAAGUGCAUUCUUUUCUAGCCUGGUGGUCCAAUUUGAUCUGUGAGUCUGAUCUGAACUUUACAUGUAUUAGCCUGUCAAAAAACCUAGCAGGCCUCUGGAACUCUAUGUUUCGUGUAUGAGAGAGAGAAACUAAUUGCUAACACAAAAGAUAGAAAUGAAAUAUACAUAUAAAAAUAAAAUUUAACAUUAUAUACAAGAAAAUGCCUCAAAGACAUCCUAUUUCACUUUAAUGCUGCUGAGAUAAUUCUAACAAAGUUGAUGCAUAUGUUUUUAAUAUCCAUCAAAUAGCUUUAUGCCUUUAAAUACAUUAAGAAAAGUUUUAAUACACAUAGGAUUGUAUCACUUAUACUUUUAUAAAAGUGAAGAGAUAAUACUGUCUUCAAUAUUAAAAAUAUCAGCUUUUAAAUUAACCAGU